GUGAAUCCUUUAUGAAGAUUGUAUAGCCGGCAAUUCAACCGAAACGAGCAAAAACAUUUCUGGAACUGUGCUUUUCGGUGGUUCCAGUUCACAGGUUGUGAACAGUCUCGGAUAUUCGCGGAAAGGCCUACCGUAGCGAUGAGAAACUCGCUGGCGACCAGGUGAAGAAAGGAGUGUUCGUGGCAAGAAAGUCAGCGAGAGGAACUCAGGAGCAGAGUGCCACAGCGAACCACUAAUUACAAGACGCAGUCACGAAGCGAGGCCUUGACGCCAAGAGGCAAAUAAAGCAUUCAACCAGUCGGUGCAGUACGAUGUCUACCUGAUGUGGGAAGCGGAAGGACUGCGUUGGCGGACGUAGGAGGCAACACUGAUCAUUGCGUUCAUCCCGAGCGAUCGUGGGAAAGAGAGAGAGAGAGCGAAAGAGAGAGAGAGAGAGAGAGAGAGCGCUUAGCGUGGGCGUUUAGCCGUCGAGGGCAAGGUCGACCCCAGAGCACGAGGGUGUUGCGGAGCAGCCCUUGGAUGGAAGUGUGAAGUGUGAGGCCUCGUCAGGUUCUCGCGGCUCCAGCACCAAGGGAUGAUGAAGGCCAGGCACUUUGCGCGUCGGUUCUCCCUCCAGCCGGCGUUAUACGAGGAAGAUCGGCCGACGCCCGUGAGCAAGGAGGAGGACGCGACCGGGUCUCCGGCUGCGGGCGGCGCCGCCUCCACGAGCGGGGUCUCGGUCGACAAGCCCGGCGAGGACCCGAAGAAGCGGCGCUACCGGGUGGUGGUGAUGGGCGCCGCUAAGGUGGGCAAGACGGCCAUCAUCAACCAGUUCCUGUAUGACUCCUUCACGCCCAAGUACACGCGUACGGUCGAGGAGAUGCACCACGGGGAGUACGAGGUCUCGGGAAUGUCGCUGACCUUAGACAUUCUAGACACAUCCGGUUCCUACGAAUUCCCAGCCAUGAGAGAACUCUCCGUGAACCAGGCUGAUGCCUUCAUCCUAGUCUACGCAAUAACGGAUGCAGAUUCCUUCCAAGAGGUGCGGAACCUGCGCGAGAUGAUCAUGCGGACGAAGAACAAGCCGGUGCCCAUCGUGGUCGUGGGCAACAAGAACGACCUGGAGGAGCAGCGCGCCGUGCCCACCGAGAUGGCUGAGACGACCGUCCUUGUCAACUGGGAGAACGGCUUCCUCGAGGCCAGCGCCAAGGACAACCUCAACGUCCUGCACAUCUUCAAGGAGCUGCUCAACCAGGCAAAAAUUAGAUAUGGAGCUAUCUACCUGACCUGGCAGUACCUGGGUAGUAGUACACUUGUGGUAACGAGGAGUUCUACACAUAGGUUGUUGGAGGGAGGUGAAGGUUCUGUCGAAGAUGUCGUUUGCUGUUGGUUCAAGGGGAAGUAUGCUCUGAGUCCAGCCGUCAAGAGGCGCCGCCAAUCUAUGCCAAACGUGGGCAUGCAGAUCACGCCGGCUCAGCUCUCGCACCUCCAGCAUAUCAAACAAAAGCACAGCGGGAAGCGCAACUCCUGUGUCAUUUCUUAGAGAAAAGCUAUGGUGCUGCUGAUGGUUCUUAUCCAUUUCUCCCAUUUCUCUGUCCCUUCCAUUUUGUGCUGUAGCGCAGAUUCCAUUAAUUGUCUGUAAGAAUACGAUGUAAACCAAUAGAGUUGUGAUUUCCUCACGUCUCUAGCCAACACCGACGUCUGCGGAAUGGGCGAACUUUGGCGCCAAGAGCAUAUUUGCAUAUAGAUCAUCCGGAGGGAUUCGCUUGCAUCACUCGAAAGGAAACGGAACGGAAACGAAAAGGAACAGCGCAAAAAGAGAGAAAAAAAGAAGGAAAGCAAGAAAGAAAAAUAAGAAAAAAAUGAAAAAAGAAUAAGUUGUUUGUGAAUUUUAGAAUUGGUGUUUGAAUUAUCUUAUGAAUAUGUAAAGGAUGG